AUGAGUAAAACGUUCUCGUUAAUUUGUAACAAUAAUACAAACCCUGUAUGUGCCUGUGAUUUCAGGUUGAAUAUUUAUGGAUGUCCCGAAGAAUAUAUUUUAGUAAAAUCUAAUCAAAUACUGAUAGGAUAUUGCUUCCUAUUAAUAUCGUGUUCAAUAGCAAAUCUUUAUUAUUUGAUUGUCAAAAAAGAUUACUCUUUCUUGUUGCAAAACCAAAAAUAUAGUGGUUACCUACGACUAAGACCUCAACAUACUUAUCACGGGAUUGCCUUGGCUUAUUUUAGUUUUGGAUUUAUAUCGUCACGUGCAUUAUCAGCUUCAUUGUCUAUCUUAUAUCCAAUAAGCAUUGUUUAUUCAACUUCAGCGUUUAAAGUUGGUACCAAUUUUGGCAAUAACACGCGUUCAUCCUCAACAUUAAGUCAAAGACAUCAACAAGAGUACCAAAAAUCGACUACUUCAUCUUCUAGUUACAAUAAAUUAUUGAUAGAUUUAGUAUGUUUAUUUAUGAUGAUAAUUCCAAUUGUGGCCUUUAUAUCACUAGCAGGCAUAACUGGUCACUAUGCUGAUAAAAUGAAUUUGGAUAUGGCCAAUAAAGUUUUCACCAUACACAAUUUGAUUUGGAUAGUUUGGAUUAUUAUAUAUGUCGUGAUUAUGUUGAUAGUUUGGGUGAGAUUUAUUCGCAUAGUCUGGGAAAACAUGAAUGAAUUGAUGGAAGGCAAUAGAAAUAGAAGUACCGAGUUACAAAGUAAAUUGGUUCAAUUGAGAAAAAGCAGUAUAAAUUUAUCGUUGCCGGUGCUAGGACAAGUUGUUGUUGCAAUUAUUUAUUUACCUGCGCACUUAAUGUAUGGAUUAUUUCAAAGGACAGACACGAUAUUUAAUCAUAAUAUAAAUUUAUUAUAUUUUUUCAUUUGGAAUUUCCUAAUACCUGUUGUUGCGCACAUCAUUCAAUGGAUAAUGACUUACAAUGUAUUAACAAUGCCUUCGUCAUCAACUAAAAAAACCUUCAAUGAUGAUAAUUCAACCAGUCAUCAUUCAACAUCCUCGUCUUCCUUUACAAUUAAUAACAACGAUGAAACUAACAACAUUAAUAACGAUUUUUCUUUUUUUAAUAAAGAUAAAAAAGUCGAAACAAUAUCAAUGGUUGAAUUAACAAGAAAUAACGUCGAAGAAGGAUCAAUUUCAAUUUCUUUAGAUUAUAAUAAAUCAAUUCUAUCGAAAUUACCAUCUUGCUCCUCAUUAAAAUCUAAUAUCAACAACGGCAGAUACAGUAAACGCCACCGCAAUAAUAAUAGUUUCGAUAUUAUUGAUAAUGUCAGUAAUCUAUCAUCAUCAUGCCCUCUUCCUCAUAGUAAAUUUAAUAAAAGAUUGAGUUGGAAUUCUAAAUUUCAUUAUAGCAGUAAUCGUCACAGUAAAAAUAAUGAUGAUUUAAUAAAUGAACAUCAAGAUGUGCCGUUAAGUCCCACUCCAACAAUGAUAAACCAACGGUUACCUUCAAUGCCUACAUCUCCAAUAAGAAAUAUCAACUAUAGAUAUUCAACACAAACUAAUUUAUCUGAUUCAACUACACUACCAAACACGCCAACCACUCCGAAAAUGCCAAAAUCGUUUUAUAAAACAAGAACAUCAACAAUUGAAUUUGGAGUGGAGGAGUCAUGGUUAACCGAAAAACCAAGCUUCUAUAAUGACCAGGAAUAG